CUCCUGUUAAAUCUUUUCCACCGAAGAGGGAUUUUCGUUUUCACCACAGAGACCAAAUAUCAAAAAAGAAAUCUGCUUUGUUUCUCUUUCAAGCUGUAGUUUAAACAAUUUUAUGGCAGUAUGAUUGUUCUCAUGAAGAUGAGGAAAAUAUUGCCAUAUAAAUUCCUUAUUCCGGAUUUUCAGUAUACAUAUUCGAUUUUACUACAAAAAAGGCCCUUUUCAUUGUCUCAUGUUAUCCAUAAAGACAGUUGUAAAAUUCUAAUUGCUGGUGGUGGAACUGGAGGUAUUACAAUGGCAGCAAAAUUGUUGAAUCUGGGAGAAAAAGAUAUUACAGUCAUAGAACCAUCAGAGAUACAUUAUUAUCAACCAUUAUGGACUCUUGUUGGUGGAAGGAAAAAAAGUCUCCAAAGAUCAUGCCUUCCUACUAGCAAUGUCAUGCCUAAAGGAGUUGAUUGGAUAAAAGAUAAAGUUAUGGCUUUUGAUCCAUCAUCAAAUGCUGUUCACACAGAGAAAAAUGGAAAAAUUCAGUAUGAUUUUUUAGUCGUAGCUUUAGGAAUAAAACUUGCCUAUGAAAAGGUAAAGGGUUUGCCCGAAGCAUUUGAUUCUAAAGGAGUUUGCUCAAUCUAUAGUUCACUGUAUGUUGAGAAAACAGCUAAAGCAAUGGAAGAUUUUCAAGAAGGAAAUGCCAUUUUUACACAACCUUUAAAUCCAAUCAAAUGUGCUGGUGCCCCUCAAAAGAUAAUGUAUCUGGCAGAAGAGUAUUUUACAAAGACAGGAAAGAGAAACAAAGCAAACUUAAUAUUCAAUACUGCUUUGCCCGUCAUUUUUUCCUGUAAAAAAUAUGCUAAAACUUUAGAACAAGUUGCAAAGCAAAAAAAUAUAAAUAUCAACUAUCAGUACAAUCUUGUGGAAGUCAAACCAGAGUCUAAAGAAGCUGUAUUUGAAAAACUUGGUAAAGAAGAAUCAUCUGGAACUGAAAUAUUUAAGUAUGAAAUGCUACACAUUACUCCUCCUAUGGUUCCACCUCCUUCCAUAAGAGAAAGCUCUCUUUCAGAUGCCUCAGGUUUUAUGGGCGUAAACAAGAAUACUCUUCAGUCAACAAAGUUUGAAAAUGUUUUUGGCUUGGGAGAUUGUGUAAAUGUACCAACAUCUAAAACAAUGGCUGCUGUAGCUGGUCAGAGUGGUGUUGUGGCCCAGAAUCUCGAAUUGGCAAUAAAAGGAAAGUUUCUAACUCAUGGGUAUUAUGGGUAUACUUCUUGCCCUCUUGUUACUGGCUAUAACAAAGGAAUUUUAGCAGAAUUCAAUUAUGAAAUGCUUCCUGAAGAAACUCUGCCAAUUGAUCAAAGUAGAGAACGUGCUUUGUUUUACUAUAUAAAAAAAGAUUUAUUGCCUUUUCUGUAUUGGAACUUUAUGCUGAAAGGAAACUGGUCAGGUCCAAAAUUUGUAAGAAAAGUGCUCCACCUUGGACUUGCGAAAUAGAUUUCACUGUACUAUAUUAUUUCUUUUAGUUGCAUCAAAGUAUGUUUCAAAUAAUGCUAAAUAUUUGUAAAACCAAAUUAAUUAUUUAAUUCUCAGAUUCAAAUUUUUUAACUAUUUAGCAUGUGUGAAUAAAUAAGAAACACCAUAGUCUAAUUUCAUUCUUAAAUACUUAUUAUUGUUAUAAAAUAAUUUGCUUAAAUAUUCAAAACACUUUUAUAUUGCAUAUUUUUAUAUGAAUUUUUUUGUAUAAGAAUAUUAAAUAUCUAUACUUUCAAAUCUACAUCAAAUCAAAUUUUUGAACAUAUUUUAUUGGAACAAAUAUUUCUUUACUCAGGUUUUGCUAUGUGGGGAUGUGUUUCAAAUUAUUUAUAUAUUUAUACUAUAAGUGCCAUCUAUUUAAUUCAUAUUUCCAUAAAACUACUUUUAUUACAUGCUGUAAUACAGUAUAAAUAAUGCUUAAUUAUAAACUUUCUGCUGAAAUGGAUGAAUAUCAUAUACUUAAAACAUGUAGUCUUUAUAAGACAAAUUUUAUUUUUCAGUCUUACUUAAAUAUAUAAAAUUGUUAUAUUUUGAAGAGUGCUUUAUUCUUGAUUCUAUGUUGCUUAUCAUAUUUAGUAUGAGCAUUUUUUUUAUAUUUUAUUUUGCAGUCUGUCUUAAAUAUGUAAAAUUGUUAUAUUUUGAAGAGUGCUUUAUUCUUGACUAUGUUGUUUAUCAUGUUUAGUAUGGGCAUUUUUUAAAAAUAUUUAAUGAUAUAGUCUACUUAGUUGCCAAUAUGAAAUAUUUUUUAUUAUUUCUGUUUUUGCAUAUUUAUAUACAUGUGUAUUGAUUGACAGUCCUAU